UAGUAAACCUCUUUCAAAGGUAUCAGGUAGAAGGACAGGGCAUGCCUGGUGAACACCAUAUAUGCCCUAAUACAUAAUUCAAGAGAUAAAGAGCUUUCGAUGUCAGAAAGAGAGCCUUGGGAAAAGGGAGAGACACAAGAUCCCUAGAUGAGCAGAGACUGAAAGUAUACUGUGUAUGACACCCAGCCAUGGACAAGCAGUGCUCAUUUAGCAGUGAGUGAUAUAGAGCUCCCCUCGCUCUCUGUCUCUGUCCUUGAUACUGUCCUUUCUCUCAUGCCUCUCUUUUCACUCUUGAUACCUGUCUCUUUCUCCUCCCCGAUGUCUGUUUCCUCCCUCUCCCAUUUUACAUACCUCCCAAUUCACUCUCUCCAUCCUGUUCUCCCCUUCAUCGUGUCCCACACUUCUCACUCCAUCCUCAUCCUUAUUCCCCCUCCUCUUUCUCUCUCUCUCUCUUUCACCCUGUACUACCUCCUCCCUCCUUGCUUUCUCUCACUCUUUGCAUUUUCUAAGUCUCUCACGUUUCUUGUUGCUCUCCUCAUUCAUUCCUUUCAUACUUUAUCUGCUCUCUUUUGUAUAGUUCUGUGCUCCAUUCCCUCUCCCUCUCUCUUUUUUUCUUUUCCCUAUCCUUGUGUUUAGAUGUGUCUCCUUUGCGCUCUUCUUCUAACAGCUGGCUUUGCGAGCUCUGUUCUCUGUAUUACGUUCUGCUGGCUUCUUCCUGUGCGGCUUGUGGCUCAGGGCAGGUUCAGUCUUUGACAUGUUCCUGGCUUAUUCCAUGGGUUGUCUUUUUCUCGGUGCACUAGGGUGUGGUGCUGUGGUAAUGGAAACGCUACUACCUCGAGCUGGAGGACCUGUGGUGAAUGUGCCUCUUAUAUUUGGGGGUUCAUUUGCUCAGAUGGAUUUGUUGGGACCUCUUCUUCCAGAAGGAUCUGUAAAUCUUCCUCUCGACAUUCACACAGUCCCCGUGUAUGUCAACGACAGUGGCCCGGGGCCACUCUUGCGCCAGCUGUGUAUGGCACUAAAAGGGGCACAUGCAGUGGUGUUUCAGGAUAACAUUGGAACAGAAGCAGUGGCCCAGAUUCUAGACUUUGUUUCCUCACAGACUCUUGUACCUAUUAUCAGCAUAAGUGGAGGAUCAGCUGUCGUUUUAAAUCCAAAGGAGCCCAGCUCUUCCUUCCUGCAGAUGGCCGCCUCGGUGGAGCAGCAACUUACAGUCAUAUUCAAGGUGCUUGAAGAAUAUGACCUGGGUCCAUUCUCUGUGGUAACCAGUCAUUACCCUGGACACCAACUUUUUCUGAAAACAGUGAGAGCUCUGUGUGAGGCUAUUCAGCCAGGUUGGGGCCCCCAGGAUGAGCUGAUAUUAGAACCAGGCACUGGUCCACGCGGGACCCAACAUGUGCUCAAACAAGUAUCCGCUCCAGUGUUUCUACUGUUCUGCUCUAGAGAGGAAGCUGAAGAGUUAUUUUUUGUGGCUGGAGAAGCUGGUCUCCUUGGACCUGCUCAUGUAUGGAUUGUACCAAGCUUCACUAUUGGUUCCCCAGAGAGGCCUGCUAACUUUUUCCCUGUUGGACUGGUUAGCGUUGUGACAGAUGGCUGGAGGAGGAGCUUACGGCAGAAAGUACAGGAUGGCAUAGCAGUAAUUGCUGCGGCAGCUAAGAACUAUAUACAGAGACAUGGUGAACUGCCCACCCCUGGAGGAACCUGUUUGGCACCAAUGCAAAUAGAAGGAAAUGACACCCUGUAUAAGCAUAUGCUCAAUAUAGUUUGGCAGGAGAGAGAUCUGUCCUUCACUACUCAAGGAUUUCUACGAGAUCCUUCCCUGUUAGUUAUUACAGUGACUCCUCAACGAGUGUGGGAGGAGGUUGGCAGGUGGGAUCGUGGCAUAAUACGAAUGAAGUACCCUGUAUGGCCACGUUAUGGCUCUGGUCAACAGCCUGUGACUGAUACCCGUCAUCUAACUGUAGCCACCUUAGAAGAGAGGCCGUUUGUUAUUGUUGAGCGCACAGACCCAGUAACAGGAGACUGUGUGCGGAACACUGUGCCUUGUCGCAAGCAGAGCAACCUAACUUUGAGUUCGGGGGAACCCUAUUCCAAGCUGUGCUGUAAAGGUUUCUGUAUCGACAUCUUGAAGAAGUUGGCUCGAACCGUUAAGUUCUCAUAUGAUCUUUACCUGGUGACCAAUGGCAAGCACGGGAAGCUUGUACGAGGAGUGUGGAAUGGCAUGAUUGGAGAGGUAUAUUACCAGCGUGCUCACAUAGCUAUCGGAUCCCUCACUAUAAAUGAGGAGCGGUCAGAGAUUGUGGAUUUUUCAGUUCCCUUCGUAGAGACCGGAAUCAGUGUCCUGGUAUCACGUAGCAAUGGAACUGUGUCUCCAUCAGCCUUCUUGGAACCAUACAGUCCUGCAGUCUGGAUGAUGAUGUUUGUCAUGUGUCUGUCUGUGGUUGCUGUGACUGUCUUCAUCUUCGAGUAUCUCAGUCCCAUGGGAUAUGACCAAAACAUAAACAAUGGAAAACGUUUAGGAGGCCCAAGCUUCACGGUGGGCAAAUCCUUGUGGCUCCUCUGGGCACUGGUGUUUAAUAAUUCGGUUCCCAUACAGAAUCCUCGUGGUACUACAAGCAAGAUUAUGGUGCUAGUCUGGGCCUUCUUCGCUGUCAUCUUCUUGGCCAGUUAUACAGCCAACCUUGCUGCGUUCAUGAUUCAAGAGCAAUACAUAGACACGGUGUCUGGCCUAAGUGACCGAAAGUUUCAGAAACCCCAAGAGCACUACCCACCAUUUCGAUUUGGAACUGUCCCAAAUGGCAGCACGGAACGUAAUAUCCGUACCAACUAUCCUGAUAUGCAUAGUUAUAUGGUGCGCUACAAUCAGCGAUCAGUAGAAGACGCUCUUGCCAGCUUAAAGGCUGGAAAGCUGGAUGCCUUUAUCUAUGAUGCAGCAGUGCUGAAUUACAUGGCAGGAAAAGAUGAAGGCUGCAAAUUGGUGACUAUUGGAAGUGGGAAAGUCUUUGCUACAACAGGCUAUGGUAUUGCUCUGCAGAAGAACUCACGCUGGAAGCGUCCCAUUGAUCUCGCACUGCUACAGUUUCUAGGAGAUGGUGAAACUCAGAGACUGGAGACAGUGUGGUUGUCCGGCAUAUGUCAGAAUGAGAAGAAUGAAGCUGUAAGCAGUAAACUGGACAUUGAUAACAUGGCUGGUGUCUUCUACAUGCUGUUGGUUGCUAUGGGUUUAAGUCUGUUGGUCUUCUCAUGGGAACAUAUUGUGUACUGGAGGAUGAGACACUGUGCACCCAUUCCAUGUGUGGAACAAAGCCUGCUCGGAAUCAGUCGGGGUAUAUAUAGUUGUUUUCGAGGUGUUCAGAGUCCAUCCCAUGGUCCCACUUGUCCUGAGCCUGAUGUGACAGGAACUCCGGUACCCGUCAAUGUUUUAAGGGUUCUGCAGACAGCCAAGGAUCUUGUGUCCUCCUCCGCUGUUGGUGGAUCCCUGGAGACAGCAUCACACGCUUUACGUACAUGGAGACAGAGAAGUGAGAGCUUGCAAGCUGUUUUCUCCGUGCAGGCUUCACAGCAACAAGCACAGGCCAAUUCAUCCCCUCAUUAUGCUGUCACUUCAAAACCUACAGUAACUGUACCCCCAUCUAACAAUUUAUCAGUUGUUUCUCCUAUUCUGCGAUCAACCCAAGUUCCAUGCUCACCAAGAGAAGAAACAGAUCCCAAGGCCACAACUAUAAACACUUGCCUUAGUCAAGACACCAUCCCACAAAUGUCGUUAACUACACAGAAUGAAAGUGUUCGGAGAACUGAAGCUGGCACUGCAAGUGGAAACUGUGAUACGUCCCAACUUUCGGCAUGUAAAAGAUUUGAACUAUUGGAAAGAACACCCGCCACUUCCACAACAGCAGCUUCUCACUGUAGUUCUUGGUGCCACUCCCCUAUUCCCAACCAAGCAUCUAGAAGACAUAUCUUGCUGUGUGAUUCAUUUCACAGGAAGGACUGGAGACUACACCAACACUGUGGGUGCCCAUCAUACUGUUCCCUCCCUCAUACCAAUCAAGCAUGCAUUUUGUGCAGCAGUAGUCCUCCUUUUGAGCAAAGAGGAAAAACAUGUGUGAGUCCAGUUUACUGUAAACCAUCCCAGCGGGAAGCGUGCUUUGCUGGUCCAAUUUCUACAUGUGCCAAGCCAACCACCCUAAGCCACAGAGACCAACACACUGCUUAUAGCGUAGCAUCUGUAGGGAGGACUGUUUGCCACGGCAAGACGAGAAGUAGAAGGAAGCCUACACCUUUUCCUUUAGGGACAUUUCCAAGCGAAAGAUCAAGAACACACUACCCUACUGAAACAUGGAAGAGAAUUAGCAGGGAAUCCGAAGUGUAAUGUCUGACUGGAAUAAAAUAAGUGUUAUUACCAAAUAUGGCAAUAAGGACUGUACCAGCUUUAAUGGAUGCUACACAACUGCUAAAGCUCAGGUACAAGUGGCACAAAUACUGUAUAUCUGUUUAAAAAAUUAAGCAACAUUAUUAAUGGUACUAAUAAAGUUUCAACAUUGAUA